UUCAAGCUGGGCCAGUUUGACAAUGAGUUCUCAACGGGAGACCGGGGCCCACUCGCCCAGACUGGAGGCUGUGAUUCAGAAGUUGGAGGAGUCUCUGCUUCACUCUCAUGGCAGCUCAGGAGAGAGGACUCUGACACUUCAGGGUGAUGGAGAGGGGUCCGGUGUCACGUCUGUCUCCACCCGCAUCCGGCAGAUCAUCACAUGCAACCUGGCAGAGCAGCCAGCUGGAGAGAGCGCUGAGGUCAGCAAGCUGGAGGAGAGCAGGGCCCUGAGGGAGCAGCUUUCUCAGAGCCAGAUGGACCGUGACCAGCCGCUAGUCAAACAGGCCAGUCUCACAGACAGGCUUGAUCAGAUGCUGAUGCUGGACCAGGACAGUGUAUCACCAGGAUCCCUGCAAUUGCACAUCAAGGAGAGAGCAUACAGGCAAAAACUGCGGGCAUACCAGGAGGCCCAGCAGAGACAAGCCCAACUUGUUCAGAAGCUGCAGACCAAGGUUCUUCAGUACAAGAAAAGGUGUGGGGAGCUAGAAGAGCAGGUGCUAGAGAAGACCUCAGAGUCUGAGAAGAUGAGAUUGUUGCUGCAGACCCACCUGGACUCAGCCCAGCGUCAGCAGCGGACAGAGCAGGAUCUCAACAUGGCUAUCCAGAAUAAGUCUGCUCAGCUGGAGGAGGAGCAGAAGAGGUGUGCCAGCCUCAGCCAAGUCAACUCUAUGCUGCGGGAACAACUGGAUCAGGCAGGCACUGUCAACCAGGGGCUAACGGAGAGCUUGUGGAAGGCUCGCGAGGACGUUGACUUGUGUGAUACCCGUCUGCGCAGAGAGCAAGAGACGUGCGCCUCCCGGCUGUGUCGUGAACAGGCUCGUGUCAGAACACUGUGGCGCCAGGCUGCUUCCCUGCGGAAUACUUUCACCCAGCUCAGGACUUUCACUGACAGGACAUUGUCUGAUAUGCGUGGGGAGUGUGUCGCUGCCAGCCGGCAGCUGAAUGUUGCCUGCAUGAACUUAGAGGCCAGAGUAACACAGGAGAGCACCUCUAGUGGUGUGGAUAUGUCAGCCCUGGAGAGGCAGCUGAAGGACAAACUGAAAGAGGCCAUGCAGCUUCAGGGUCGCUGGGAUGCAGAGAAAGUCGACCUUAACUCCAGAAUCCUGGAGCUGACUGACACAGUGAAGCACCUCCGCAGCCAGAACAGUGAGAAGGAUUCCAGCCUCAAGGCCAUGCAGAUCAGUCUGGACAGGAUGGAGACGAGGAGAACAGAGGAUAAAGCAGAGAUGGAGGUCCUACACACUGAGAUCCAGGCCCACCAAAAGAUGUUGUAUCAUGUUUACCAGAUGGUUGGUGGUGAGGGUGAUGGCAGUAGUGGCUCUGACAGUGCAUCCUCCUCCCCUCUUCACGGACACUCUCGUCUGAGGAACACUACCCUGAUGGCUGUGCAGAGUGUUUGCUCCAAGCACCAGAAACAAACACAGGACCUGCGUGGGCGUCUGGAUGCUGCCCUGGAGCAAGUGGAGACACUGCGUGAUCACCUGCAGGAGAGGGACACUGAGAGGAGAGAGCUAGAGCAGAAGAUCCAGGAAGUAAGGAGGGAAAGUCAGGAGACUAAAACAGCUCUGGAGGAAAGCCUCAGAGACAGCAACAGAUAUCGCUGCUCACUGGAGCUUAUCUCCAGUGAGAAGGGCAGCCUGGAGAAGCUGCUGUCAGGUCUGCAGCAGGAGGCAGACUCCCAGCAUGCCGAGCUGGAGGUACUGCGAGGUUCAUCACUGGAGAUCCAGAGACAGCGGGACCUCCUGAGACAGCAGAGGGAGGAUCUGGAGAUACAGCUGACACGCCAGCGCACGGAGGCCCAAAGAGGUGAGAGGAGUCUGGAGGAACUUGAAGGAAAGCACUCAGAUCUGCGUAGGGAGCUUGUGACAGUGAAGGAGGCUCUGAGUCAAAUCACUCUGCAGAAGGAGGUGUUGGAGGAAGAUAAGGCCAGCCUCGCUCUGGCUCUCAGCAAGAUGGAGUCGCAGAGUGCUUCACAUGAGUUAGUCCUCACCAAACUGCAGAAUCAGGAGGCUGCCCUAAAAGAUUCUCUGGCCAAAAUGGCUGCCCUGAGCGAAGGUUUAGCCAAAGACAAGGUGGAACUUAAUCGUAUUCUGCUGCAGACAGAAGGUGAGAAGACAGAGCUUGGUAAACGUAGACGGGAAGCUGAAAUGGAGCGGGCCGCAGCCAGAGAGGAGACAGCACGGAUGCAACAAGAGAUGAUGAAUCUGCUCGCUGAGAAACAAGCCCUGGAGAGCUCCCACAGCCACUUGCAGGAUCUCUGCCAGAGGCUAGAAACAGAGCUGAGCCUGCUGCAGGCAGAGAAUGCUCAGGCCCUGGAGCAGCACUCCCAGGUCAACAGGCAGAUGCAGACUGUGUCAGAGGAGCUGUGUGCGUGCAGGAAGGAGCUGGAGACACAGACCACAGCCCUAAAGAGAGUUACCCAUGACAGGGAGGAGCUGGCCAAGGCCAGGGCUGCUCUGGAUGUCAAACUAAACUCUGCUGACCGAAAGGCCUGUGGUCUCACGCAGGAGCUGGUUUCGCUUAGAGCAGAGAAGGAGUCCCUGGAAACCGCUCUGUUUGAGAGCCAGGAGCUUGUCUCGUCUCUGGAGGCCGAGUGCACCAGGAUGGAGGGGGAGAGGCGCAGCUUGCUCCUGGCUAACGAGGCCUUGACGCGGGAUGCUGCUCGGAUACGUGUGGAUGCUGAACAUCAGUUUGCCCAAGCUGCACAAGAGCGGAGUAAUCUGGAGGAGAAGCUGGCUCAGGUGGAGAGGAAUGCCCUGCUGACCCUGAAUAACAAAGAGCAAAUUCACAGAGAGCAGCAUGAAGCUGAACGCCGGCAAAAGGAACAACAGUAUGCAGAACUGACAGUUCAGCGGGAACAGGCUGAGGAGCAGCUGCGUAGACAGUGUGAGCAACAGCGUGUGCACAGUCAGAAGGAGCUGCAGCAGGUGCAGGAGGAGCUGGUCAGGCUGCAGCAGGACUUCAACCAAAGCCUCCUGCAGGCUGAGAGUGAAAAGCAGCAGGCUUUGUCCCAGAAGGAGGCAGAGAAGGCUGCCCUCACGGAGAAGCUAGCAGCCCUGCAGCAGGACCUGGCCACAGCAGGCAUGGAGCUUGAGUGCAUGCAGAGAGAGGCACUUAGCAAACAGGAGCAGGAUAAGAAUGCAAAGGCUAUCCUUCAGUCUGAGCUGCAAGACUUGCGGACUCAAUUUGAGGAGUCUUUGAACUCUCAUGGGGAUGCCAAGAAGAGUCUAACUGAGCAGGUCAUAGAGUUGAACCAACAGAGAGAACAUGCACAACAGGAGUUAGAGGGCCUUCGUCGGUAUCUGCAGGAGGCAGAGGAUGGGCUAAUUAAAGGGCGAAGGGAGCUGAUUGAAGCUCACAGAGAGCUCCAGGAGUGUGCACAGGAGCGGGACAAGCAACGGAAAGAAGCUCUGGACCUGAGAAGGCUCCUGGGUGAUGAGACCAGAGAAAAAGAGGCUAUCCAAGCCUCUAACCAGGAGCUAAGAGCUUUUAUUAAGAGAGCAGAGAGUGACAACAGCAGUUUGAGACGAGCCUUGGAGGAGAGGGAGCAGAAAGUGUCUGUCUCAGAGGAAUGUAGGAGCUCGAUGCACCAAGAGGCAACCACUCUACGGAGCAGUAUGAGAGAGCUGGAGAAGUCUCGCCUGCAGGCACGCAGAGAUCUGCAGGAGCUGCGCAGACAGGUAAAGGUCCUUGAAGGCGAGAACAGCGGCCAGAAACAGGAGCUGCGAGAGCUGCAGGCCCGGGUAUGUCAGGAGGAGCAGAAGGAGGAGGAGGCACGUCGCGAGGCUUUUACUCUCAAGCAGAGAGUGCUGGAGUGCGAGGCUGGCAGGGAAGCAGCGCUCAGUGAGGUUUCAGGUCUAGAGCGCCGUGUGGUGGAGCUGGAGACAUCGGAGCAUCAGAACCGAGAGCUGCUGCAGGAAAGAGAGGCUUAUCAGCAGCAGUGUGACCAGAGGCACAGAGAAACUACUGCCCAGCUAGAGGAAGCACUAGAAGACGCUGGGAUCAAGGUCAAGGAACUCUCUGUGCAGGUUGGCUUUGCUGAAAGCAAGGUCCAGGGCCUGGAAGAACAGCUGGGCCUUAGCCAUGCCAAACACAGGGACCUGGAGCUCAAGUUGGCGGGGAUGUAUUCAGCUGUGCGCCGCACUGUUGGCACCAGCCAUCCAAGGCUUUCAGGCACACCUGGGUUCCGUAGACGGUCUCCCUCUCCCUGGAGAAACCACCUGCAAGUAAAAGGGGUAGACAGUGAGACAGACGGAGCUGUGCUGCCCCUGUGCCGUGGUGAAGAUGAAGAGCUGGACAUGGACUCAGUGCAUACAGCCCUGCAGGAAUUCCAGCAGAAAUUCAGGGACACACAAAGAGACAGGGAUGAAGCUGCGGCUCAGAUAGUUGUUCUAAGUCAGCAGGUGACAGAGCUUCAAGGCAGCCAGGAUAAGUCAGCCACCCAGCUCUUACAACUACAGAAGUCCUUGAAGCAAUCAGAGCAGGGAAAAAGAGAGAUGGCAAAGCGAUUGCACGAGGCGCAUACAUCCCUUUCCCUGCAGGAAGAAGUAGUACGUCGUACAGAGAGGGAGAAACAAAGCCUUGAGGAGGAGGUAGCUCAGUUGAGGACUGGUCUACAAGCUGCGGAGGCUGAGUCCAGGGCACUACAAGACAAGUCGGAGCUCCUGCAGGGCUUAGAAUCUCGUGCAAAUGUAGAACAACAGAAGCUAAAGGAGUCUCUGCAAGCAGCAGAGAGCAGGGUGAGCCGUCUGGAGCUCUCCCAACGCACCCUUGAAGGUGAGCUACAGAGGGCCCAGCUCAGGGCAGCAGAGCUGGAUGCAGAGGCAGGGGCGCUGCAGGAAAGACUGACGGAGCUGAGGAGGAAGCUGGGUGAGAGUGAGGACCGUGGUGCAGCGCUGAGGGUCAGCGAGGAGAGGUUGGCCACGUCACUGGCUCGAUCUGAGCAGCAUGAGAGCCAGCUGAGAGAACAGAUCCACAAUAUGUCCAACACCCUCAGUGACAACAGGACCAGCAGUGGAGCUCUGCAGGAGCAGAUCACACAGCUGCAGAGGGCUCUGACUGCCAGUGAGCAGGACCGAAGGCUGCUGCAGGAACGUCUGGAUAAAACACGAGAUGCCCUUUCAGAGAGAAAGAGGCUGAACCACGGACUAACAGAGCAGAUCCAGAACCUUCAAAGAGCCCAAGAGGACUUAGAGCUGAAAUAUUUUGAGCUGGAGAAGCAUAGCAGGACACAGAAGGAGAGCCUGAAGCAACAGCAGGAAGCUGAACUGCAGGCCCAGGGGAGCUCCCAGCAGCUGCAGCGAGAGAAGGAGGAAAUCCAGGACAAGGUCAACAAUCUUCAGAGCUCUUUGCAAAAGCUACAGAGUGAGAGAGCGGAGAUGGAGAGGGUGCUGACACGCCUUGCUAAAGACAAGUCAGCACUCAGAAAGACACUGGAGAGGGUGGAGAUGGAGAGGCUGAGGAGGGAGGAGGAGGAAGCAGUGUCGGCAGCCAGAGAGAAGGAGCAGUUGGGACAGACAGUCCGCAGCCUGGAACAGGAGCUGGCGAAAAAGCAGGAUGAAGAGCAGACAGUGCAGGCCCAAAUCGCCCAGUUGGAGCAUUUUCAUGCACAGCGCCUCCUGGAGGUGACAGCCCGCCAUCACCAGGAGUUGGACAUGGAGACGGAGCGUCUGAGAGACAGCCAGCUCCAAGCAGAGCGGGCCUUGGAGACCAGAGAGAAGGCCCAUCGCCAGAGGGUCAAAUGCCUGGAGGAACAGGUGCUGACUCUGAAAGAGCAGCUAGAUCAGGAGACAAGAAGACGACAGGCCUAUUUCAAUCAGAUGCUCCAACCUGUGAGACGGAGUGUAGCUCAUGCAGUAACCAGCAGCAAGCAGAAUGCAAGGAAUCUACAGUAUUCCCCUGUCUCACACAAGAAGCCCAGUUCACUACUAAAGGACAAGAGAGGGGAGAAAGAGGCAGAGCCAGAGAGCAGUCAGGGGAGGAUUCAGACUGCUGUGGUUGAGAGGAGGAACGUACGCUCUUGUCCUGUUCUGCUCUGCUCUUGUUUGCCUCAGGUGUGUGUGCUCCUCCCUCCCCUCCGCGGUGCCUGCUGUCAGCUCCAUCCCUGGGUGGCUGAGGCCAUGGUGUUGGUGCUGCAAGCCCUGCUGCCCUGCUUCUGCACCCUGCUCUCCCUGGACCUGCUGCCUGGGGUGGAACUCGCUGUGCCCUUGGAGGACUUCUACCCCUUUGGCCAGGACAAGGGGGACUCCCAGACCAUCUCUCAGGACGACGGAGGCUCCAGGCUCGUGGAGAUCUCUGUUUCUUUCCCCUUCUUUGGAGACAGGCACGCAGGACUCUAUGUUAACAACAAUGGCCUCGUAUCUUUCCUGAGGGAGGUGUCUCAGUUCACACCUGUGGCUUUUCCAAUUGCCGGGGAUAGAAGGGUUGUGGCUCCGUUCUGGGCUGAUGUGGACAACCGUCGAGCAGGGAGGGUCUUCUACAGAGAGAGCCAGGAGCCCUCCAUCCUGAGGAGGGCUUCAGGUGAUGUCAGGACCUACUUUUCAGAAUUCCCCAACUUCAACGCAACUUGGGUCCUCAUCUGUACAUGGCACCAAGUUACUUUCUUUGGAGGCAACUCCCUCACACCGGUAAAUACUUUCCAAGUGGUGCUUAUUACAGAUGGAGAGCUUUCCUUCACUAUAUUCCAGUACAAUAACAUCACUUGGACCACAGGCAUGCAUGCCAGCAGUGGAGGAAACCUGGCUGGGCUGGGAGGGAUUGCAGCGCAGGCAGGUUUCAAUGCUGGUGAUGGCAAGCGCUAUUUCAACAUCCCCGGCUCUCGUACAGCUGAUGUAGUGAACGUUGAGGGAACCACCAACGUGGGCUACCCAGGCAAAUGGGUCUUCCGUAUAGAUGAUGCAAAUGUGGAAGUAGGUGGCUGCAAUAACUCCGCAUCAGUGUGCCCACACCUGCGACCAUGUCUGAACGGAGGCCAGUGCAUCGAUGACUGUAUUACAGGCAACCCUUCCUUCACUUGCUCCUGCUUGGCUGGCUUCACCGGCCGACGAUGCCAGAUUGAUGUGGAUGAGUGUGCCUCAUAUCCCUGCCAGAACGGAGGGACUUGUGAAGACCAGAUUAAUAGUUUCAUCUGUCACUGUCCUCAUGGAUACACUGGGAUUCAGUGUGAAACAGACAUUGACGAGUGCAAAGACAGACUGUGCCUCAACGAUGCGUUGUGUGUACAGGGCGCUGGCAGUUUCACCUGUGUGUGUGAACCGGGUUACACUGGUGUCCUGUGUGAGACAGACAUAAACGAAUGUGAGUCACAGCCCUGUCUGAAUGGAGGGGACUGCAUCGAUCAGGUGGCCAACUUCACCUGUAUUUGUCCCGCUGCCUUCACUGGAGCACUCUGCGAGACAGAGUUGGAGGUGCUUCAGGACAAUUCAACUGAGGCAGAAAACCAAACAGCCUUGUGUGAAGAGCAAGAUUGCAAGAAGCAUCAGAUUUGUGAAUACACCAGCUCGGGAAUCUACAACUGUACAUGUGCUCCAGGCUUCUAUGGUGACGAGUGUGAAGAGGAAUGUCUUUGCCAGAAUGGGGGUGUCUGUGUGGACAUCAAUGGCACUUGUGAAUGCCCUUCAGGCUACACAGGACUCUACUGUCAGUUUGAAGUAACCCAGACGCCAUGCAGUCACAGCAGGCCGUGUCCUGAUGGAGGUCCUUGUUUGGAGUACGGAGGAGCCUACCUGUGUACAUGCCAGACUAGUGGAGCAGAGCUAGAUCACAAGGACUUCUACCCCUAUGUACAGCCCCGAUCGGUCUGCGACUCCUCUCCGUGUCUGAAUGGGGGCUACUGCUACGAGCGGGAUGGAGGCUACACCUGCGAAUGCAAAUAUGGAUAUUGGGGGAAGCACUGUGAAAAAGUUAGACUCAAUACCUGUGCUUCUGGUCCCUGCCGCAAUGGAGGCUCCUGUAAGGAAGAAGCUGGGAGCUACAGAUGUGUGUGUCCUUACAGAUUCACUGGAAAACACUGUGAAGUGGGAAAGCCAGACCCCUGUUCCUCCAGCCCCUGUCUGAAUGGGGGAACAUGUUUCCACUACAUAGGAAAGUACAAAUGUGAAUGCACAGAGGCGUUCAGCGGCAGGCACUGUGAAAUAAGCAGGAGCUCAGUACCAACCACUGCAGAGCUUGGCUGUGGGCUGCCUCCACAAGUGAAAAACGCAGAGGUCCAGUUCUCCUUAACAACACCAGGCUCCAUGGCUGUGUAUAUAUGCCACUCAGGCUUCACGUCUCGGCCCAGAGCCACCCAGAGCAUCUGUGGUAUUCAGGGGGACUGGAGCCAGCCACCCAUUUGUGAGGAGAUCAAUGAAUGCCUAUCACAGCCUUGUCUUAAUGGCGGUACGUGUCGGAACCAGGUCGGAUCCUACCAGUGUGAGUGUGAUGAUGGCUUUAGUGGAAACCGCUGUCAGACAGACAUAAAUGAAUGCCUGUCGGAACCCUGCAAGCACGGGGGGACAUGUGAGGACCAGCCCGGCUCCUACGUGUGUCAUUGUUCUCAAGGCUUCAAAGGCCAGAACUGUGAAAUAGAGCAGGACGGGUGUGAGUCCAACCCCUGUCUAAAUGGAGGUGUGUGUCGGGGUUACAGACGGAAUUAUUUAUGCGUGUGCAAGGACGGUUUCUUUGGGGACCAGUGCCAGAUGUUGGAGAACCCAUGUGUACUGCAACCUUGUGGAAACCGCGGCCUCUGCAGGAGUGACAAGAGAGGGAACUACAACUGUGUUUGCAGAGUAGGACACACAGGCAAAGACUGUGAGAAAGACCUGUUGCCUCCUUCUGGUCUCCAUGUGCUGCGUGUGGAGGAGAACGAGGUUGAACUGCGCUGGGAUGAGCCGGAUCCCUCACACAGCCUGAUCAGCGGGUUCAUUGUCACUUAUGGUCCCCUGGGCUGGAGCAAUCACAAAACAGAUUUUCUGGAAAGGCAGCAGUCCACCCACGUCAUGCGAGGCCUGAUGCCCGGCCUGCUGUACAACAUCUCUACCUUCUCCAUCAAGCGUAAUGCCAACAACAACGACAACAGCCAGCCUGCCACUGCACUGAUACGCACCAGACCUCGGCGGGUGGAGCAGCUGCAGGUGGUCAAUGUGUCCUCCUCUCAGGUUUGGCUGAGCUGGCUGGUUCAUCAUGCAGCAGUCAGCAGGGUGCACGUGUCUCUGUUGCCUUCAGAUGGCAGUGAGGCUCGCACUGCCGUGUUCAACACGAGCACCACUGAGCAUACCUUCAGUUCAUUACUCCCUGGUCAGAUGUACACAGUGGAUGUGUUGACUCAAAGUGGAAUCAGACCAGAUGAGUUUCCCUCCUCUAGCCACUCAGCUGGACCCCUGCAGUUCUGGACAAAGCCUCUCCCGCCACAGAACCUCUCCCUGUCACAUGUGACCACUAACUCAGCACUGAUCACUUGGAGCCGCCACCCGAGAAGCGUCCCAGAUGGCUUUGUGGUCAACGUGACUCGAGGGUUGAACACCAGGAGUCGCUUCCUGCCCAGUGGGAAAAUAGGAUCAUAUACCCUGCGUGAACUGACACCAGGACAGCACUACUACGUGGCUCUGACAUCCGUGAAAAGCACCGGGCAGGAACAGAUCCACAGCAUACCUCAACACUUAGCCUUCACUACCUUGCCAAUGGGGGCAAGAUCAGGGAGAAGAGAGAGGCCGACCGGGACUGGACAGGGGACUCAGGUCGGACGCAUACUUCCCCCAUCUCAGCCUCAGGACCUGGGAGGCACAACACAAACACACAACUCAGAGGAAUUGCACAGAUACACAGAGCUCAUUGACAGAAGGGGAAAGAUAACAGCCAAGUUCACUCAAUUGCCUCGAAAAGCCGUUCGACAUCGUACUAAACCUGACCCACCAAUUAGAUUAGAGAAGAUGGAAGAAACAACAAACAAAAUCAGCCUUGCAUUAGAGAUUCAAGAAGAAGGUUUAAGAACGAAGCCUGAGUUGCCACAGGACUGUCGCAGUCUGCCCUGCCAGAACGGGGGCACAUGUGUGAAUGGAGGCGACUCCUUCAUCUGCGACUGCGCAGCAGGGUUCAAGGGCAGACAGUGUGAACUGUCAGUGUGCCAGCGAGUGCCGCACCCCUGUACCCGUCUCUACUCUGAAACGAAGAGUGUGCCUGUCUGGGAGGGUGGAGUGUGCCACUACCUGUACAAAAGGACAUAUAAAGUACAGCAGGAUGUUUGUUAUCGAGAGAUUUGUGAACCCAUGCCUCCAAAGAAAAGUCAGAGCAGAAGAACAGGCAGACAACAAUAAAGAGCACUUGGAUACGGAUGAAAGGACUGUCAUCACUGUCGUGUGAAAAACCUAACUUCAAUUUUGGUGUUUAUAAACUACUUGAAGUAACUGAUUAUGGUCAUUUUUGUGCUGAGAAACCCUGUCGGAACCUACUGUAACAUUUUAGAAACAGAUCAUCAUUCAUCUGAAAAUAAGGUUGUGUUUGUUCAUUCCUGAGAGCUGUGUUUGUAGCUCUAUUCUUCAUGAGAGGACUUCAGUCAAUCAAAUGAAAAAUGGCCCACAUCAUUUAUCAUUUGUGUGUGUGAUGACUGAUUUUUCACACAAACACAUACGUACAGUAUGCAAAUAUUAAUGUUAAGCAGUCCGUUGUACUGCACAGAGACCUUAUAUACCUCAUUUCCAUGUCCGUGCUGACACAUUAGGAGAGGUUUAUAUUAUUUGUGAUUCAGCUGCAGGUUUUGUCCCUCAGGGAAAUAACUGUAGAGUGUUCCGAGUCCCAAUCUUUUCCUUAUACCUGCCCCCUGAUCUCCUUAUAAACACGAUGGGAAUUGUAUGUUUUCUCCACACUCCAUAAAUUCAUCUCUUCCUCCGACAAUGGUGCACAGUAUUUUCUGUGUAUACAUAUCUUUCUCUGUGUCUUAGCAGGCAUCACUGCUCGCUAUUCUGUAAAUAGUGUUUAUAGGCCAUUUUGUAGGUGAAUAUUUUAAUAAUAAAAAUGUUAAAAUGUU